AUGUAUGACAUUGAUGAUCGGGAGACGGGUCCUUUGACAAGACCCUUUCCUCUGUGUAACUAUCGAGGCUGCGGUGGCCCCCACGACCACGAAACUGUCGAAAGGCCGUGUUCGCAUCAACAUGAGCCACAGUCUCCAGACUGCCCCAGAACAAAGAACCUUUCCAUCACCGAGCGCCCACGUGAAAUGGCCAAGUCUCCGGGCGGGAUGAAGGGAGGCUGCAGCUUGUUUGGUCUGGGAAGCAGUUGGGACGGCCGAGAGGACCAGAGCGGGCGCAGAGAGCUCAGCAGCGGCAACCAGCAGAAUGACCUCUACCUCCGGGAAAAGGAUGAGAUCGGAACCACUUGCCUGUCCUACAAGCCGUCGCUCCUGCAGUCGGCGACGCUGGCCUCUGGAGAAGAUGAUUUCUGCAGGUCUUCGCGGAAACACGGUUCUAGGAAAGACCGGCAGAGGCCAGCAACGUGUGACAGCGAUCACAGCUGCGGCUGCGGCGGCGGCCUGUGUACCCUGAGGAGGGCCACCGGAGCAAAGAUCAGAGCUGCCAAGUCGGAGUGUGGAAAGGUGCCCAAGUGUUGCGGCAUCGCCCCAUUCCCCAGAGGUAACUCCUCCUGGCUUAACUCAGCCACUCAACACAAACUGCGAGAAUCGCCCUGCUCGGGAAGGAGACUGCCGAGGAAUAAAUCCUUCCUUCAGAGAUUGCAGAAACAAGAGGGCGAAUGCUGUGAGCGAGUCAGUCCGGGCUCGUUCCUCAGGGAAGACACGUCGUGGCGGAGCCGGCAGGUGAGGGGGUCGGGCCAGCAGGGCGGAGCCGAUCGAUGCGCCGGGAAGACAGAUGAUGUGUAUGUCUGCGAGCUGGAUGAUGUUGGAACCUCCAGCCUGUUUUAUAAACAACGCCCGAGUUCGUGCGGCUUCUCAGAUAACGAGGAGAGUCCGUGCGAGCUCUGCCGGAGUAAGAAAGCCCACCCCAAGGACACCUGUCAGCAUUUGAGUUGUAAACGGUAUAAGUCACAGCCGAUACCUGGGAGAACGAGGUGUUCACAAUGCUCUGAUGACACCAGCAGCUUGAUGAGUUUAAAACAGGGAGACUGUCACACCUCAAACUACAGGACUAAUGGAGGAUCUGCACCCAUAAUCUGCUCCUUACCACAGUGGCCAAGACAUCUGCUCCUGCAAAAUAACAGGGCUCAGGCAACAACUACAGUGUACAAAAACUAACUAUCGAUCAGAGACUCAGGCACAGCACCUCAGCCAUCUCUGUGCAUUAAAGCGUCGUCUCCAUCUCACCUCAUGUAGAAUUGAUAGAAGUAAGAAGCUACUAAACCUAAGUAAAAGUGUAAUAUAAAUGCCAGCCAUGUCAGAACCAUUAGCAGCCAGUGAAGAUAAUAAUGAUGCAGAGUGCCAUGUUAGACACAGAAUGAAACUAAG